GAAACAACAGUAUAGGUUAGCAGAGGACGGCAGAAGCGUUGGUGGAGCCUUGCGAGAUUGUGAAGAUGUUUGUUAUUGUGUUGUUGUGGGUGUGGCCUAAAUGACUCAAUGUCACUGCAGCGUCCCUCCCUUAAUUGUGCCUCAUCGUGUGGCCGGACACGUGCUCAACCUGGCCCCAGCCAUGCACCCUCACCAGGCCACACCUACACCCCGCCAUGCCACGCCUACACCCCGCCAUGCCACGCCUACACCCCGCCAUGCCACGCCUACACCCCGCCAUGCCACGCCUACACCCCGCCAUGCCACGCCUACAUCCCGCCAUGCCACGCCUACACCCCGCCAGGCCACGCCUUCAUCCCGCCAGGCCACGCCCAUGCCCCUUUCGGUCGCACGACCCACACCUCGUCUAGCCACGCCUACUCCUACCCUGUCCUGGCCUCAGACCCCGCAUCGAUCGCCAAUGCUGGUCUGGACCCGAGGGCCUGCAGCGUGGACAGCGACAUGGUUCUGUUGUGGAAAGACAUCGACAUCACGGACUGCAUGAGAUGCCUCCCGUCAAGGGAAAGUCUUCUGGGGGCGUCCAUAGAGGAGGUCAUGGAAGAAUUUGUGGACGCGGCAAGGAAUCAUAAGCUGCACUCUGACCUUAGACGACAUGGGUCACGUGACAGCAUCACAGAGC